UUAAAAACCAGUUGGGAUUACAAUGAAGGGUAUUUUCGUGGAUGAAAGUUGACUCAGCAUUUACUGCAGAAGGAGCUGUUUUCAUCUGACGAGCUCCAGUAAACCCACUGUACACUACCUGCCCAGCACCAAACAGCAGACGGACACAGGCAGAGACCAGCUGGUGAGGAAAGUGGAGCAUUCAGCGGCUAAACGAACAGAUAUUUUUCUUAAGAGUUGGUGGAGACCAAACAAGAGCAAAAAAGAGAACUGAGAUGUUCUUCAUCACAACAUCAGCUGAGCGGCACUCUGAGGAUCUCAAUGCUAAUCUGGUUUGAUCUGAACAUAUAAAUAGCCACCGUGAGGCCUCUUAUGGCUGACAGCAACACAGUGACAACAACUGUCCCCGUCCUCCUCAACGUCACUGGCAAUGUCACUGGCAAUGCCACUACACCCGCCACAGUCCAGGUAGCCCAAGUGAUCAGCUGGUUGACGUUCAGCAUUGGUUUGCCCGCCAUCGGACUGGCUAUUUACACCCUCAAGAAUCUGUCCAAAGGUGAGAACAAAGUCCCCAUGCCUGUCAUAUUCCUCCUGGUCUCUGACAUUGUCAGUUUCUUUAGUCGUCCCCAUGUGGACCAGGACAUGGAAACUGGGACCGUCUUCUCUUCCAACGCCACCGACUUCAUCUUCUAUUUUGGUGUCGUCACCAACAUCACCCUCAUGCUGUUCAUAGCUCAGGAACGCCAUCUCUUGGUGGCCUACCCGCAAUGUCUUGGCUGCUGCAGCAGCAUCAGGCAGUCUCCUGCGGUCACCUUGGUGGCGUGGGCUGCUCCGUUUGCCAUCCUGGCCCUCGCCGUGCUGAAGUACACCCUCUGGUUUGCUGUGUCUCUACUCGCUCCUUUUCCCCUCCUCCUCUUCUUUGCUGUGGACUCCUGGAGGGCCCUGAUCUGCUCCAGAUCUAACCCUAAAACCCCAGAGAGGAGGAGGGUAGUGUGGGGGAUUGGUGCGAUAUGGGCCAACUACACCCUCCUCUACGUCCCCUUCAUCCUCAGCGUCCUCCUGGAGGCUUUGUCCUUCAAGGAGACGGUGGCAUACCUUGGGCUGGUGUCUCACCUGCUGCUCUACCUCAGCCCUCUGGUGGACCCCUUCCUCUACAUCUUCAUGACCAAAGGGCUCAAAGAGGUGCUGCAGGCGCUGCCCUGCUGUCAAAACCGACGUCCGAAAGGGAACAUGAGACCCACUGUGGAUACUGUGGCUGAGACUGUGGAGACGAGGCUUUGA